AUGAAACAACUUAGAAAAAUAAUCGAAAGUAUUAAAGAUACCCAAUCUUUCCAACAGGCUUUCACUCAUACCUCCUAUCUCAACGAAAAUAACUCAGAGUCACUAGUUUCUUACGAAACUCUAGAGUUUUUAGGAGAUAGUAUUUUAAAUUUUUAUGUUAGUUUGUUUAUUUACCGAUCUUUUCCCGAGUAUUCCGAAGGAAAAAUGAGCAAGUUGAAACAGUUAAUGAUUCAAGAAAAAACCUUAGCUCGUUUAAGCAGAAAAAUUGGACUAAACGAGACGGAUGAAGAAGGAAAUUUGAAAUACUUGAGACUGGGGGAAGGGGAAAUAAAAAACCAAGGAGGUAAUAAAGAUAGUAUACUAGCCGAUAUAUUUGAAUCUUUCAUUGCUUCCCUUUACAUAGAAAAAGGAGGCAAAAUUGUCUGA